AUGGAGAGAGCAAGAUCAUUUCUUCAGUCUCCCACUUACGGGAACAUCGUCACCGUUCUGAGCAUUGAUGGAGGUGGAAUUAGAGGGAUUAUUCCCGGAACUAUACUCAAAUUCCUAGAAUCCGAGCUUCAGAAGCUGGAUGGUGAAGAAGCAAGGCUUGCAGAUUACUUUGAUGUGAUUGCAGGGACUAGCACUGGUGGGCUUGUGACUGCCAUGCUUACUACCCAGAUGAAAAUAAUCGACCCUUAUUUGCUGCUAAAGACAUUAACGAUUUUUAUCUCGAACAUUGUCCUAAAAUCUUCCCCCAAGACAGCUUGCAAGCUAGUGCCAUGGGAUGAACGAGCUGGAGAAGGAGCUGCCAUUGCCAUGAAGAACUGA